GUAAAAUUGACAGACGCCUCGACUCGACACGGAACGGAGUCCAUUUUCGCAGAGUGCAUUUUCUGGCCGAGCAGAGGAAAAUAAACAAAAUAGCAGCGUUAAAAUCGGUGUCGGUGCGACUGUUCCGGGUUGAUCUGUGAAAUUUCGGUGUGUUUUUUUCGGGCGUGUGAAUCUCGGGGCUGGAACCUGUUCGGAGGAGGCCUCGUGUGUUUCGGGACCCGCUGCCGCUAUCGAUUUUCGCCACGGAAGCCAUCACGGUUUUGAAUUUCUCCACCGACCAUGUCCCGCAGCGUGAGGGCCGAAACCCGGGCCAGCAAAAAGGACGAUGUGAAAAAGUUUAUGCUCUCGAUGGACCGCGUCCGGCGCUGGGAGAAAAAGUGGGUCACAAUCGGCGAAACGUCCAUGAAGAUCUACAAAUGGGUACCGAUCUCCAGCAAGGAAAACAAAAAGGGCCAGCAGGGGCUCGGCCAUGGCGGGGGUGUGACGACGAACGGUACGAGCGGGGGAGGAGCGGCCACGGUCCCGAACGCGGCCACCGUCAACAGCAACAGUAACAGCAAUAGCAGUGAAAACAAGGAAAACAGCCGGAAACCGGGCGGCACCGAUUCGAACUCCAACUCGAACUUUGCCCUCACCACCGAGGACUCCAACACCUGCUUCUCCCUCGUCAGCGACUCCCAGGGCGCGACCGAGUUCGUGUCGAACAUGCCAUUUUCAGAGGACUCCAACUCCCAGGGCUCGGACAGCGCUCCAAAGCGGCUGAAAACAGACUAAGCCGGGGGAGUUCAUCGUUUCCUCCCCUACUCCCCC